UGCAAAUUUCAUCUCCAUCUCAAUAGCCUCCCAAAAAGGCCAAAAGGUAUUGAGCAUUGGGCACUGGAACUGAGACUGAGAAUGAGAUUGCCACUGGCAUUAGGUAUAAAUAAAGCGGAACUUCUGCGCACAGGCUUAGUUGGUGGACCGUGUUGCUCCGCUCGCGUGGCCUAGCCCUGUUCCUUUCCGUUUCUCCGACAGAUUCCCCAUAGAAGAAGUAAGCAUCAAACAACAAAUUCCAAACAAACAAGUAAAGUAAAUAAAAAAACAAAAUAAACAAUUUGCGGCUAUACACAUCUACACGCACACAGACACACACACACAGAAACAAUGGCCAACUCAAAACGGAAGCAACUAACUAAAACGCCAAAGUUACCAUCAAGUCUCGAGCAGGAAUCAAAAUCAACAGAUAAUGUCAUAGACAAUGCCAGUCCAAAAAAUGUUCCUCCAGACACAGUUGCAGUUACGGCAACAACUGCAUCAACUGCACAUCCAACUCCAGCUUCAAGCCCCACUGCAGCUGGUCACUUUUUUAGGUUGUGCUCCGGGUAUGAGUUAAGUAACUUUAGCAAUUUGGACAAUUUCACCAAUUGGCUGCAGCGUCCAGUUGAUGGAUCCGCUUUGGGAGUCUUUCGAAUGCUCUAUGGCGCUGCCAUGCUCAUUGACAUAGCCGAGGAGCGUGGUGGUGGUCAAUUGGAUGUACGAUAUGGUGAACCACAGCAUUGCCAUUUCCCGCUGUUUAAUAGUAUAAGUGCCUUGGCCUAUCCGUUGAUGGGCUGUGUCUAUUUAUGCAUGUGGCUCGGAGCAUGGGGCAUAUUGUUGGGAUAUCGCUUUCGGCUCAGUUGCCUGUGCUUUAUAGUGCCCUAUUGGUAUAUAUUUCUGCUGGACAAACCCACAUGGAAUAAUCACAGCUAUCUAUUUGGACUUGUUGGACUGCUAUUGCUUUUUACCCGGGCUGAGAGUUAUUGUUCUCUGGAUAGAUUGCUAAGUCCUCAUUCCGGACAGGGACAGUUGGUACCUUAUUGGAACUAUUUCCUUAUCAAAUUUCAAUUCUUCCUAUUGUAUGCAUAUGCGGGUCUGAAGAAAUUCUCCCCGGAAUGGCUUUCCGGUUAUGCGAUGAGUAAUCUAAGCCAGCAUUGGGUAUUUGCUCCAUUUCGUCAGGUGUUGGAUGCGGAGCUUAUUGAUUUGUUAAUAGUCCAUUGGUUUACGGCAUUCUUUGAUCUCUCGAUAGCCUUCUUCAUGACUGUGGAGAAGACGCGUCUGCUGGUUACACCAUUCAUGAUCAGUUUUCAUCUAAUGAAUUCGCGUUUGUUUCACAUUGGCAUGUUUCCAUGGGUGUGUCUGGCUGAGGUGCCAUUAUUCUUUGGCUUUGACUGGCCUCGCAAAAUGUUAGGGAGGCCGAUAGCCAAACAUGCCUCUGUUGAAGUACCAACAUCGUGCAAAAAACCACGGCUUCUGGCCAAGCUGCGCACUGUAAUCAUUUGUGGCUACUGUGGUCUGCAAUUAUUUUUGCCAUACUCGCAUUUCAUCACCAAGGGAUAUAACAAUUGGACAAACGGACUCUAUGGUUACUCAUGGGACAUGAUGAUGCACUCAUACGACACUGUACUCACAUCCAUCAAGGUGGUGGACAAUGACAAUCAGCGGGUGCACAAUCUCAAUCCGUAUGCGUUUACCGAAUAUGAUCGCUGGACAAAAUAUGCGGACAUGGCAGUGCAAUAUGCAAAAUGCAUUGAGAGGAAUAUACAAACAGAUAUGGCCAAACAUCAUAGUUCAAGUCCAUUGAUUGGUCAAAACAUAUCCAUUUUCUUUGAUAUAUGGUGCUCAAUGAAUGGCCGAUUUCAGCAACGAACUUUCGAUCCACGCGUGGAUCUACUAAAGGCUCCAUGGUCGCCAUUUGAGCCGACUCCCUGGUCAUUGCCGUUGCUGACCGAAUUGAAUCAUAUGCGACCGAAACUUAGGACCAUCACCACUGAGGUGCUGGCAUGGAAUAACUAUUCGGACGUAAUAUUUGUAGCCGACUUCCCGGGCCUCAUGUUGAGCAAUUUCAUUUCACCCGAUCUUAACAACUGCACGCUGACCAUACUCGAAGGGAAUGUGCGCUACAAGAGCGAGAAGGAGUCAGAGGCCUUCUUCCUCACCGCUGGCAAGAGCAUAGCUCUAGAAAGUAAUACCACCCACUAUGUAACCACUAUCGGACACAAGCCGGCAUCGUAUCUAUAUACUUUUGUGAAUAAAACAAUGCUGGAGCACAGCAAUGACUAUGGUGAUGAUGGGACCUCCAAAAGCCGUCCCCUGCUGCCCCUGUGGGAUGAAUUCCAACAGCGCGUUACCAACUAUCAAAACUUUCUGAUACAUCUCGGCAAUUGUGUGCUCUAUCUUCUGUAUGGUGUGCCCAUUCCCUUGGCCAUUCGAGAUGUAGAAUAGUGCGCAAGCAAAUAACGCUCCAAAAUACUUGCGUUGGUGAUAAAACUGAUAAUAAAUGUACUAUAUUAUGCCACAGG